AAUUGUGAUAUUAUCUUAAUGAAUACUCUUUUAGUUUUAUUUCCUCUUGCGUCUCUGAACAAUUCGCUGUUAAGCUUCAAGCAAAGAAAAUUCUCUAUCUCUAUAUAUACGUUGUAGCGCUUAAAAUCUUUCUUCAUUCAGCAGUUGCCCAUUACAAUUCGCGAAAAAGACUUCGUUUUUGUUCGCUUUUACAUCGAUUGAUUGCUAUAAUUCUACGAUUCUUCAAAUUUAACCCAUGAAUGAAGGGCGACAAUUUCCUCUCCAAAUCUCAAGCUGAAGGAGAUUUUCAGCCGUUUGAGUCUAGGGUUUCUACUCUCUCGAUCACCAGAGAGACCAUCAACCGAAGUUCCAACUCUCAGACGGAUUGUUGGGUAGAUGGAAAAACCGGCAGGCAUAGUGGUUCAGAAGCCACGUUAGACUUCAUGAGCCAGCAAAUGGCUGCAUAUGAAGAAUGUGAUGCCGAAAAACCUCAAUGCUCAAAGAAGAUGGAUGAGGAAGGAGGUUUUAUUAAUCAACAAAUGGCUAGUACUCAAGAAUGCGAUAUUGAAUUACCUCAAUGCAAGAAGGAUGAGAACGAUGAGAAUGGAGGUUUUGUGGGCCAACAAAUGGAUAAACCUGAAGAAAUUAAUACUAAAUUAGCUCAACACACAAGGGAGGAGUAUAAAGAGAAGAGUGGUUUCAUUGGCCAACAGAUGGCUAAAUCUGAAGAAUGUGAUACUGAAUUACAUCACCCUACAGGGGAGGUCAAUGAUGAUAAGAAAGAAAUGAAUGCAAGCCAUCAAAAACUAGGAAAAUACUUCUAUUAUGACUUGCCACACCCUGAGGAAACUGGAGCUUGGAUACCUGUUUCUGUUCCAGCUAUGUCAGAAAGCGAGCAUGAAGAGUGGAUCAGAGGUUUCUCCUCAAAUGGGGGUUAUUUUCCUGAUGGAGAAAUCGGGUGGAGUCAGUAUGUUGGGGAAGAUAAAGAGUUGACUAUGUGGGAUGUGGUAGUUGAAAUGUUACUUGUGGCACGAGGAAAAGUGAGAUCUUUUGCUCAUAGCGAUAUUCAUAAAAUUUCAUGGACAUCAAGCCACCUGGUUGAGCAAGCUUGGAAAGAGAUGGCUCAAACCCUCACAGAGGCCAAUUUUGGUGACGCAAUGGAAAUUCUUGAAGCAGAGCCUCCAAAAUGGUUGCCUGAUAGUGCAGCUGCUGCUUGUAUGCUGUGUAGUGUGCGGUUUCACCCUAUUAUGUGCACCAGGCAUCACUGCCGGUUUUGCGGAGGAAUAUUUUGCAGCGAUUGUUCUAGAGGAAGGAGCUUGUUGCCAGCAAGGUUCCGUGUUGGGGAUCCACAACGAGUAUGUGAUGUAUGUUGUGUGCGUCUUGAGUCUUUCCAGCCAUACUUAAUGGAUCAAGUUAGUCAUGCUGCUCAAUUGGCAACCCAUGACCUGACAGAUCUCAGCACUUUAAGAUCUUGGGUAAAUUUUCCUUGGGGACAGUCUAUGGAAUAUGAGAUAUACAAAGCCACAAACACUGUCCGGGGUUACAAUACGGUUGGUUCUCUGAGACCUGAGAAGUUAAUUCCAGAUGCUAUACUCCGACAAGCAAAAGGCCUUGCAAUUCUUACUGUCGUGAAAGUUGGCAUGAUGGUCAGCUACAAUAUUGGAACAGGACUCGUGGUUGCUCGUAGGGAGGAUGGCUCAUGGUCUCCACCCUCUGCUAUAUCUUCUCUUGGUGUGAGCUGGGGAGCUCAGGCUGGAGGAGAAUUGACAGACUUCAUAGUUGUGUUGAGAACAGAUGAUGCUGUCAGGACAUUUAGUGGCGAUGUGCAUCUUUCAAUAGGAGCUGGUCUGAGUGCAGCUGUGGGAAUUGUUGGGCGGACAUUUGAAGCUGAUGUAAGAGCUGGUGAUGGUGGCUAUGCUGCUUGUUAUACAUAUAGCUGCAGUAAAGGCGCAUUCGUUGGAUGUUCUUUAGGAGGAAGUAUUGUCACAACCCGCACACGAGAGAAUUCCCGAUUCUAUGGUAGCCACUCAAUAAAUGCAUCUGAUGUUCUUCUUGGCUCAUUGCCUAGGCCACCUGCAGCUGCCGUUCUCUAUCGUGCACUGGCAGAUUUAUAUCAUAAGUUUGAGGGGUGACAAUCGUGUUUUGUGUAUAAUGCUGAUUUUACAAUGGACUUUGAAGAAUUAAAAUGGAGAUCCUCGGGGAUCACUGGCAUAUUUGCUUUGCUUCUCUGUGAAUAGUUUUUCACCACUAUCCAUUGGUCCAUGUAAAUUCAUUUGUAAAUUGUUGUACAGUAUGCCUUGGGAGGAAGAAAGUCUGUAAAUAAAAUAUGUAACUACUAACAGCAAAUACUGUGCCAAACACCUAAUUGGCCCUGUUUAAAUUGUAUAUGAACUGCUAUGGUUGGACAACAGAGAUACCUGACCAAAUCAGCCAAUUAUAUUGUUUGUGUUUC